AAGAUUAUUAAAACCCGAAUUCGAAGUUCAACAAUCACCUGCAAUUUCACUUCUACUAAAAAAUAUUUUCUACAUUUAACACCAGUAUAAUUACUUGACGAAUUUAAUUAAAUUUUCUGAAUUGAUUGAAUAUAAAAUGACACUUUACCAUUUUGGAAAUUGUGUAGCACUCGUUUAUGUGCCAUAUUAUCUCACCUAUAAGUAUUCUGGGCUUUCUGAAUAUGGCGCCUUCUGGAAAUGUAUACAAGCCGGUGGUAUUUAUAUUUUCACUCAACUGUGCAAAAUGCUUGUGCUGGCUACGUUUUUUGAUUCCGACACUCUGAAUGGUUCAGGGGAGGGCUUUAGUUUCUUAGCGGAGUUUCUUAAGAGUAGUGUUAACGUAGCCGAUUUACUUGGCUUCGCUUUGAUACUUUCACGCAUACCAGGUAAAGGACACAAUAAAUUGAUAACGACCGGCUUAGGGUGGGCCGCUGCAGAAGUUAUACUUUCUCGUGGCAUUAUGCUYUGGGUUGGAGCACGUGGCACAGAAUUCAGCUGGAUUUACAUACUUAAGUGUCUAGAGUCUAAUGUUUUAUUGGUGCAGCAUAUCACCACUGCCACAUUAAUGUGRCUUUUCUCUAGGCAUGAUCUUAACAAAACACUAAAACCUUUAGUGACCAUUUUAUUAGCGCUGACAAUAUUUAAGGGCGUUUGGCUUGAAGGACUGCUUAGCGUGCUUACCUUCGGACCUUGGUCGACAAUUGCUAUAAAAGCGCUGAUUGCUUCUAUCAUGGGAUUUAUGUCGCUUCAUAUUUACACAGGAUUAGCUCAGCAAAUAGGCAUUUAAGCUAUUAGAAGACAUGUGAAUUAUAACACGAUUAAAUGCUAAUGCUAUAACAACUUGUAAUAUAUAUACUUUAUAACAAAUUCAACAAGUAAUAUACUUUUCAACAAUAACAAGAUAAUAUAACAACAA